ACAGCAGCAUCAUGCCUGAACCAGCGAAGGCCGCGCCCAAGAAGGGUUCCAAGAAAACCGUCACCAAGACUGCCGGCAAAGGAGGCAAGAAGCGCAGAAAGGCCAGGAAGGAGAGCUACGCUAUCUACGUGUACAAGGUCCUGAAACAGGUCCACCCUGAUACCGGGAUCUCCUCCAAGGCUAUGGGCAUCAUGAACUCCUUCGUCAACGACAUUUUCGAGCGUAUCGCUGGUGAGUCCUCUCGUCUGGCUCACUACAACAAGCGCUCCACCAUUACCUCCAGGGAGAUCCAGACCGCCGUGCGCCUGCUGCUUCCCGGUGAGCUGGCCAAGCACGCCGUGUCCGAGGGUACCAAGGCCGUCACCAAGUACACCAGCUCCAAGUAAAGCGCCUUAGUCGCUCUGGCAAACCAACGGCUCUUUUAAGAGCCACCCAUCUUAUCAAAGCUACUUGAAUCUGAAUCUACAUAGUACAUAAAUAACAGCAGUCAGAAACUGAGCAUCAUGUUAGGAGAGGAGAAUGAGAGCAGCACUGUAGCAGCUCAGUAUGUAUCUGCCUGCAACAGUCUGAGAGACACAGACUGAUACACCCGAACAGAGGAACAGUCUGAAUUAACCCACAAAGAGAAAGUGUUCCAUAUAUACAUGUCUUUUAUUUUUUAAUUUAAAAUUUUUUUUUAUUUAUAUUUCCUUUUUUUCCCCUGUAUAUACAUUCAUAUUCUGUCUUUU